CCGGCUGCGUUUGGUUGUCGUGGUGGCUGGGCUGGGCUGGGCCGCGCUUAGCUUGGCUAGGCUAGGCUGGGCUGGGCUGGGCCGGCGGCGGACGCGGGGCUGGCGGGAGCGGCUGCCCGGCGCGGUGCCCCGGCCCGGGGUGAGCAUGGUGCCCUAGUGCUGGGGCUAUGUCGGAGGCGGCCCGGAGCCUCCUGCAGCGCUGGGGCGCCAGCUUCAGGAAAGGCACCGACUUCGACUCCUGGGGGCAGCUGGUGGAGGCGAUCGACGAGUACCAGAUAUUAGCAAGGCAUCUGCAAAAAGAGGCGCAGUCUCAGCACAACAACUCAGAAUUCACGGAAGAUCAAAAGAAAACCAUAGCUAAAAUUGCAACAUGCUUGGAACUGAGAAGUGCAGCUUUACAGUCCACCCAAUCACAGGACGAAUUUAAGCUUGAGGAUCUGAAGAAGUUGGAACCAAUCUUAAAGAAUAUCCUCACUUACAAUAAGGAGUUUCCCUUUGAUGUUCAGCCUGUCCCACUCAGGAAGAUUUUAGCACCUGGAGAAGAGGAACACUUGGAGUUUGAGGAGGAUGAUGAGGAAGGAGGAGCUGGAGCAGGGUCUCCAGACUCUUUUCCUGCUAGAGUUCCAGGAGCCAACGAAGGUACUUUAUUACCCAGGUUGCCAUCUGAACCCGGGAUGACAUUACUCACCAUCAACAUAGAGAAAAUUGGUCUGAAAGAUGCUGGGCAGUGCAUUGAUCCUUACAUCACAGUCAGUGUAAAGGAUUUGAAUGGGAUAGAUCUGACUCCUGUGCAAGACACUCCUGUGGCUUUGAGGAAGGAGGACACGUACGUCCAUUUUAAUGUGGACAUAGAGAUUCAGAAACAUGUUGAAAAACUAACAAAAGGUGCAGCUAUUUUCUUUGAAUUCAAACACUACAAGCCUAAGAAAAGGUUUACUAGCACCAAGUGCUUUGCCUUCAUGGAGAUGGAUGAAAUUAAACCUGGGGCAAUUGUUAUAGAACUGUACAAAAAACCCACUGACUUUAAAAGGAAGAAAUUGCAACUGUUGACCAAGAAACCACUUUACCUUCACCUCCAUCAGACAUUGCACAAGGAAUGACCCUAUCUGCAAGACUUCUGUGAACUGAACCACCAGUCACGGUAGCUGUGUGUAGUAGCCUUAGCCUUCAAGGGGCAGGAAAAAGACUGUAUUCAUGCCAGUAGGUCAGACGGGACCAUCACACACUGCACAGCACUACUUCAGGGUCAGAGGCAAGCCUACCAUUCAACUGCAAGUCUUUUUUAGUACUUUCCAGAUACAGGUUUUUCUGAGAGCCCUGAAAUACGUUGACUGCUUUUCCUAAUUUUGCUGUUCAUCACUUUUUAUCUUAACCAUUAUUAUCCUUUCGCCUCAAACUCCACCCGAGGAUGGAGACCGCCCCUUUGCCAAACCUGUAGCAAUAAAGAUGUGGCAGGCCUACUAACCUGUUUACACUUGCUGUGCUGUUGUAGUUCCUCUCAUCUGCAUUUUGGAGUCCUCUGUAGCGGGCUGGGUGGCAGAAGACCAGGAGAAAGAUGAGGUGGGGCGGGAAGGAGCUUGAGGUGCUGCAAGUGAUUUAAAGUGAGAGAGAGGAGGAUGCUGGGUCAGGUGGGAUGGCCACAGGAAGAGCUCCUCAGUUAGCUGUUCUGCUUUGGUUGGGCCAAGAGGAGGACAACUGCAGAUGAGAAUGCUGAACUAUGAUUUUAACAGCCUUGCCUGAUCCACUUGUACUGAGUUUUGGAUACAAUAUGUGUUACAGUCCCUUGAGUCACAGUUACUCCCUAAUAGAGCUAAUUUUUCUGUAUCUUGCCACGGAGUGAUUUGCAAAGGAGGGUGGGGGCCGGAGAGAGGCUUCUUCCAGGGCUUCAGCCUCGUGGUGGCGGGUGUUUCGCCACUUCAGUGACAGCAGGCCAGGCCCCUCCGUGUUCAAGCGUCAAUUUUCCAGAGUUUUUGGUAAGGUAGAUCUGGCUAGCAGGUUGACCCACCUUUUACAUGAAACUGCUGUUCUUAUGGAAACUGAUUGUAUGCAGUUUUCUGCGUAUUUUGUGCAAGUCUGGAAACUUACUCUGAAAAUUACCUUUUUAUGUAAGUAGAUAGGAUUAUCAUUUAUUUUCUAUAUUUUUGAUUUGGUGUGUAAUAAGCUGCAGGACAUUGGCUUAUUUUAUGACACACUUGCAUUUACCUUUUGACCUAAUAAAGGGACAGAAGUAGAACCCA